CCGGCCCGGGGAGUUGGUCACAUUCUUGGCUGGGAUUCAAUGACUGAGGCAGACACCAACAAACAGAGGGGGGGAGGAGGAGGAGGAGUGAGGGAGGCUGAGCCAGCCCGCAUUAGCUCAGCUCUCAGGCACUCUCAGUCUCUGCUGGAAAGAGGAGCUGGGAGGAUGUGCGCUCUGUUACCGCGGUUCCCCACGGCACGGCGAGAAGACCGACAGAAAUAAGGGAAGAAAGGCGAACCGAGAGACGAGGAGUCCUCCCAGAUCACGCUGAGGGACCACGAGGGGGAAGGGAACCUGCUCAUCGCCCGUCCGAAGCCCCUGCGCCUGUUUGGAAGUGCCAGAGAUUUGGGCCUUUUCUUCUGCGUCCUUCCCUGCCACAGACCAAGCUUUCUUCCUCCUCCUCCUGCUUUUUCCUUCCCACCCCCGCGCCUGCCUUUCGGUGGAUAUGGACAGAAGGGCGAUUACCGCAGAGAAGCAGCAGCCGCCAGAACAUAUUUGAGACCCGGGUGCUGGGAGCGUGGCACAGACUUCUUGUAUUUCCGUGGGUGGCGAGUGAGUGUAUGUGUGUGUGAGUGAGUGUGGUGGAGGUGUGGGAGGCGGGAUCGGUUUGCCUGGGGGUUGGCUGAGGGGGUGAGUGCUCGGAUGAAGACCUCUUUUUGGCGUGACUCUGUGCUCCAUCGGGGCAUCUUGGAGACUUGGAGGGUUUGAAAUUGUAACCAACCGAAAGAAAAGAAAGAAGAGAGAGACACGCAUACAAAAGGAUUUAUUUCCUAUUCGUUAGUGGAUUGUUAAACCCCAGCGGGAAGGAGAAAAAAAAAGAAGGGUGGGUUCUAUUUUGUUCGUAAUUUUUUUUUCCUAAAAAAAAAAAAAAAUCCCUUAAGUGGAUUUGUACGAGGGUGGACGAUAACUGGGGAUUUUUGCUGUUUGUUUUGGGAAUAGAAACUAAAAAAUGGAGACUGUAAGUAGAAGCAGCUUCCAGCCUCAUCCAGGACUGCAGAAGACCUUGGAACAGUUUCAUCUGAGCUCUAUGAGCUCCUUGGGUGGCCCUGCUGCUUUCUCAGCACGAUGGGCACAGGAGAUGUAUAAGAAAGACAAUGGCAAAGAUCCCGCAGAACCUGUACUGCAUCUGCCCCCCAUCCAGCCGCCUCCGGUGAUGCCUGGUCCCUUCUUCAUGCCCUCGGACAGAUCUACGGAGAGGUGCGAGACCAUCCUGGAAGGGGAAACCAUCUCCUGCUUCGUGGUGGGUGGAGAGAAGCGGCUUUGCUUGCCCCAGAUCCUGAACUCGGUGCUCAGAGACUUCUCCCUGCAGCAGAUUAAUUCGGUGUGUGAUGAGCUACAUAUUUACUGCUCCAGAUGCACUGCUGACCAGCUGGAAAUCCUCAAAGUCAUGGGCAUCCUGCCCUUCUCUGCUCCUUCCUGCGGGCUCAUCACUAAAACUGAUGCCGAGAGGCUUUGUAACGCCUUGCUUUAUGGUGGCACCUACCCUCCUCACUGCAAGAAGGAAUUCUCUAGCACGAUUGAGCUGGAGCUUACGGAGAAGAGCUUCAAGGUGUAUCAUGAGUGCUUUGGGAAGUGUAAGGGACUCCUGGUACCAGAGCUUUAUAGCAACCCCAGCGCAGCUUGCAUCCAGUGCUUGGACUGCAGGCUUAUGUACCCACCUCACAAAUUUGUGGUCCACUCUCACAAAUCCCUGGAAAACAGGACUUGCCACUGGGGCUUUGACUCUGCAAACUGGAGAUCCUAUAUCCUCCUCAGCCAGGAUUACACUGGAAAAGAGGAGAAAGCUAGGCUGAGCCAGCUCUUAGAUGAAAUGAAAGAAAAAUUUGACUAUAACAACAAAUACAAGAGGAAAGCCCCCAGGGUCCCUUCAGAUCCUCCUGCUUCCAAAAAGUCCAAACUAGAUGACUCUGCUUCCCAGUCUCCAGCUUCUACUGAGAAAGAAAAACAGUCCAGUUGGUUACGGUCCUUAUCCAGUUCGUCUAAUAAGAGUAUCGGCUGUGUCCACCCCCGUCAGCGCCUCUCCGCUUUCCGGCCCUGGUCCCCUGCUGUAUCAGCAAAUGAGAAAGAGCUCUCAUCCCACCUUCCCGCAUUGAUCCGAGACAGUUUCUACUCCUACAAAAGCUUUGAGAAUGCCGUGGCCCCCAACGUGGCCCUGGCACCGCCAGCCCAACAGAAAAUCAUCAGCACCGCACCCUGCGCCACCGUGGUGUCCCGGAGCGGCGAAGCUCUGAGCAGCACUGCCCAGCCGCGGAAGAGGAAACACGCUGCGGAGAACACUGCUGCCCCAGAAGCAGCAGCCACUGCUGCGGCCCCUGUUACUGCCACUGAAGAGGAGAAGGAGUCGGAAGCUGAAAUUGAAGUAGAAACUAGGGAAGAAUUCACCUCCUCCUUAUCCUCGCUCUCCUCCCCGUCCUUUACUUCGUCCAGCUCCGCAAAGGACAUGAGCUCGCCUGGGAUGCAGGCCCCGGUCGCGGUCAGCAGUUCGUACGAGGCCGUGCCGCACUCUGACUCCCACAGCAGCGGGCUGGAGGCCGAGCUGGAGCACCUGCGGCAGGCCCUGGACAGCGGCCUCGACACGAAAGAAGCCAAAGAAAAAUUCCUCCAUGAAGUUGUUAAAAUGAGAGUGAAGCAGGAAGAGAAGCUGAACGCUGCCUUGCAAGCCAAGCGCAGUCUACAUCAGGAGCUGGAAUUCCUGAGAGUGGCUAAGAAAGAGAAACUGAGAGAAGCAACGGAGGCAAAGCGCAACUUAAGGAAAGAGAUUGAACGUCUGAGAGCUGAAAAUGAGAAGAAAAUGAAGGAAGCCAACGAGUCUCGGAUACGACUGAAGAGGGAACUGGAACAAGCCAGGCAGAUCCGGGUUUGUGACAAGGGCUGUGAAGCAGGGAGGCUCCGGGCCAAGUACUCAGCCCAGAUUGAGGACCUCCAGGUCAAGCUCCAGCACGCAGAGGCUGACAGGGAGCAGCUCCGGGCUGACCUGAUGCACGAAAGGGAGGCUCGGGAACACUUGGAAAAAGUAGUCAAGGAACUUCAGGAACAACUGUGGCCUAAACCGAGCAGUCAAGCCAGCAGCGAGAACACAGCGAGCAACAUGGAGAACUAAAGCGCCUCUCGCCAGACCCAUCCGAACGACAGAUCUGCACAGUAAGGGAGGACGUGUGGGUACAUGUUUAAGUGCAUGUGUGAGUAGUGGUGUCUCGGCACACAGACCUAUCGCUAUGGAUUCUGAUUAGGUGAAGGCAGAUGUUACUCUUUAGAACAGAAGCACUGAAUUAUGCCUCUUUUUUCCCGAUCCGUAUAGCACAACAUCUUACUGUGCCUAUAAAACACAAAGUGUUUAUAAACAAAAUACUUCUAAGUCCACAGCAAAUUUUCUACUGGCAAACUCCAAGCAAGCAGCAUCGUCCAGCUCAAAUCAGAGUCAAAGGCAAGCAUGGCAGUGUUUGUGUGUUGCCCUUCUGCCUGUUGGAACAUUUUCGAAUUUAAAAACAAACUUUUCUUAUAAGCUAUUUAAAAUGAUUCAUUACACGGACUUGGUAUUAAAGAAAAAUUAACAAGAUUUUUAUAAUGAACCUUUAGAAGCAAAACAAAAAAAAAACCUUUGAUGCACAAUUUUUAAGGACUCAUUAUAGGCUUUGGGGUUCCUCACAGAGAAGCCCUCUGGCGAUGAUGCCAUUUCAUUAGCAGUUUUCCAGCCAUCGAGGAAGCCAUCGCAGUUUUAAUCCCGUCACGUGGUCAUAUGAGAAGUUCAGAGUGCGUUUCAAAGUUGAUUUUUUCCUUCAAAAGAAUUCUCUUCAUUUCCUGUCCCAAACACGAGAAGGAAGGUGCAGGACUGUGCAGGGUGGGUGGGAGUGGGGAGCGGGGACGGGCAGAGAAGCCGUGCGCUUUAGAGUUACAAACCCAGCCUUACAGCCGUCAGUGUUUGCGCAUCACGCCACCUCUUCUGAAGCCAUCUUCACGAAUGGAUGUGUUCAAAGGACUCGCUUCAUCCAAGAGCACUUCAGCUUUAGGAAAAGAAAGAAGGAAAGAAAGGAGGGAAAGGGAUGUCCUGUUCAGUCGGUUGAGAAGCAAAGCAGAAGGCACUUGCGUUUUGAAGUCAUUCUGAAAUCUUUACUUCAGCUCUCCAUUUUCUGGCAAACUCAUGGAUCGCUGUUGCACCGUCUCACCCUACGUUCAGUAUUUCCCUGCGUUCAUUGUGGACUGGCAGUCAGGGUUUCUGUGCUCACUGAGAGUGCAACAUCGUGUUAUCGGCUACUAUAGAAAAGAAAAACGUUUUUGCUGCUGUGAAUGUCUACAUCAUUUUUUAAAAAAAACUCUUGUUUUUAAAGAAAGAAAUUACUUUAAUUUUGGGAUCCAAGCCUUGGCCCGCAAUAGAAAUGCAGCAUGGCCUCACUUUGUCUUAGUGUCGGUGAUGUGGAUGUUUUUAUUUUUUAACCUGCACUUUGUCAGAAUGUUUCUCUGCAUUUUAUUCCAUGUUUCUGAAGUUUACAAGUCGCGUAUUCUAGCCCCUGCCCUGCUCGCCAAGUGUGACCACCACCAGCCCAGUUUGCCACCACACGACACCUCACAUGGUCUCUGACAUUUAUGCAAAGUGAGGGUUCGGCAGGUCUAGAACGCCACCACCUACGGUCACCUGAGCGGCACCGCUGGUCCAGCUCUGCCCGGUCUGCGCGGCUUUGUACCCAGUAGGAGCUCUGGGAAGUGCUUAUCGCACACAGCUGGUGCUUUACUGAACAAGAGAAGAGCUCUUUUCACCCAUAAACACUCACCUCUUACACUCAAGCUGAUCAGCAUGAAGUGAAAAUCUGGUGUGGGGCUAUAGACGUGCCUUCCAGCUCACUCGUCCUGUUGGCAUCCUCCCCAGGCAACGCUGCCACUUUUUUACCUUAAAGAAGAAAAAGAAAAAAAAAAGCCCCCCGAUGCAUCCUCACACACAAAAGUUCCUCCAAACAAAGAACCCCAUUUCCAGUGAUCUUUAUUUGCUUUUGGACAUGAAUACAAACUGUGUAAGCUUAAAAGUUAUUUCCCAGUAGACAGAAAGCGGCUUCCAAUCCUAAAAUUACAGUAUUUACUGACCUUAGAGUUGUGUUGUUUUCUUUAAACAAGAGCUGUUUGCUUGAAACCAUUAUAACUGUUAUCAUAACUGUGAGCAUUAACAGAGAAGUUCAUAUAUAUAUGAUUUAGGUACAAAACCGAGAAAUACAAAAGGAGUAGAAUUACUGGGACAAUGCAAAACAGUUGGGAGCAAGAACCAGUGACACUGAGUAAAUGACACCCGCGAACCUGUCCGUUCGCCCUGGGGCUCGCCCCGGGUGCUCGGGAUGAGACCGAGUCUCAAGGCAGAUCUCCUCCUCUAAAGUGCAAUGCAAAAGGAAUUUUCAUUAUGCUUAAGCAGAUUUUUUUUAAUGUGGUGGUUUGUUUGUUUGUGUUUUUUUUGCUUCUUUGUAUGUUUUUUUUCUGCGAUUAUUAAAUCAUAUGCAUGAAAUUAAAGUCUCUGCCAUACGUAUAUUCAUUAAUGGGCAUUAUUACUGUCUUAUGUAAAGGGUUUAUUGUGUUAUGCAGUAUGCAUCAAAUGUUCUCAGCCUUAUGAUUUCCAGAGCUGUAUUAUUCACUUAUUUCUUCAAGGGAAACUAAAUUCUCGUUGAUGGUUGUGUGUUUCCGCAGUCCCAGACGCUGGGCUUCACUGCCAUGCACAGAAAUUACACACAGAACAAAUGCAUUCUCACUCUCGCAGCUUCGGGGAACCUCACUUCAGCAAUGGUGUGGGUCCACCACACCACCUCUCCCCUUUGUGACUCCACAAAAAAAAAGCAACGCAUCCCUCCCUCUCUGGUUUGUACGGGGAAAGCGGCCCUUGACACAGGUCCUGCGGGUCUAGGGGAGCACACCCACUCACUGGCACGAUUCCAUCUGUGCACGGGGCGAUUUUAUCCUCCAAAAUAAAUGAAAUCUGCAGUUUUCAAAUGUAAAAAAUAGACAAGUUAAAUAGUCUUACUAAGUGGCUCGUCAGACACGCAGCGUCACCUGUGCUUCAUGGGUGCACGGGAUAGGGUUGGUGAAGGCUCCAAAAGGCACUCGCAUCUCCUGGGACAAGCCCGGGGAAUGCUUGCUUGCUGGGAGUGACGGUGAUUCCAUGAAGUGUCACCUGUGGCACAUGGACUUCAGACUGUCUGAGGUUUGGAUUCUGUAGUUAUUUGAUCCUUGGGAGCAAAUACAGCCAAGUCAAAACGUUUCUAUAAAUUAAGGCUUAGAGAAAAGAAGUGAGGGAAGGUGCUGGAGGCGGGGAGUUCUGUGUGCAAUUUCUGUGGCUGCCACACCUCAGUCAAACCGCAGCCCAUUUGGACAGAACGGCUUUCCUCUCGCUGUACUUUUGAGUCCCUGCUGCAUUCUGUUUGCGCUCCGGCCCGAGUGCGGGAAUUACAGUCACAGCUUCUCGUUUCAUCUGCUCUUUAGUUUCCUUUAAUAAGUUAGAAGGGAGAAGAGGUGUUUCAUACAGGCUGUUGACUCUCCCUGUACUUAAAAAUAUAUUACUUAAUACUUGUAUAUUCAGUUUAAUUACUCAUUGUUUCUAUUACUGAAAGAAGACUUAACGAAGGGAAAAAAACCAACAGCAAUAACAUUCAUAUCUCUGGAGCAGCUAACUAGUAUACAGAAUAUUCUGCUUUUCGAACAGAACUAGCCAAUGUAAAAAAAAAAAGUUAAGAGUAAAUUCAACCUGUAAAUACUUUUGUUCAUUUUACACUGUUGUAUUAUAAGUGUAUAUGGUGUUUACUUUUUCAAAACUCUUUCUUACCUGGUAGUUGUCUUGUUUUAUGAGUUGUGUUUUUAACUAAGAAGAACCUUUGCUGUC